AUGAGUUGGUGUACCCUUUAUGCAGCGUCUCUAAAGCAGCGUGGACCAGAUGUGGAAACGUGUUUAAUUGUUCUUGCGCAUAACUGUUAUUCACGUCUUGAAUAUACGUUUAGAGUUCCUGUUAUAAGCACUAGCCAGCAUCUCCCAGGCAUUCUUAUAAAAGAGCUGUCUUCGCUUCUUCAAGCGGCUGUUGAAUGGGCAGCAAACCUGAUGAAUGAAAAUGCUCGCUUAGCUGCAAUGGGCAUAGGCGAUGUGUACUACUUUAACCCAAUAGCCAUGGUUCUACACCCGCAUCUUGAUGGACGAGUCAUGACCACUUUAACUAAGAUAGCAUUGAAGCAUGGUUGGGAAGUUCAAAGCCUUUCUACGCGACAAACCUUUAACCAAGAAACGCAACACGUUAAUAAACUAAUCACACCAAAGGAUCUCUGCCCACUCUGCUCCGCUCAACUGGGAUGCAUUCAGUACGAUAAUCUUGAUAAGUUAUUGAGCCACAGACCCUUUCGAAAGCAAUGUAAUGCUAUUUCUAGCGAUACACCUCUUCGUGAAAGAGAACUAGAACGAAUUGGGCGAGCAAUCGCUAGUGAUGGUAUGCUUGCAUUCAGACCUAUUUUCCAGGAUCCCCCUAGCAUGAGCUUUUGCGCCAAGACACUAACAGAAUUAAUGAUAGCGAUUACAGAAGAGCAGGUAUGCUCAUGGAGUCCUUAUGAUGCCGCCCUAUACUUUCUGCUUGAUAUACUUCAGGACUGCCGCUUGGAUGUUCUUUAUUUCCUUCAUCAAGUUAAAAGCCUGUUUCCCGAUAGCUUGUUUAAAACCAUACUAAUGUCUAUGUCCUCUGACCUCCAGUUCUUACUCCCCCAUCUUCCAUCUCCGGAGCUUAACUACAAUAGUGCCAAGUACCUUGAGGAAGACAUUAACAGCCAUCUGUAUACGUUACUUCAAUCUCCGUCUCUGCGCAUGACAAUUUAUGAAUUUGCAGGAUCAUUUGUCAGGUUGCUUCCGUUUUACUUUAAAUAUGAGAAUAUUCAUAGUACACAGCCCGACUCCAAAGGUUGUGCAAGGAAUUAUGGGAGUAGCAGCAAUUUCUCUUCUUCUGUUUGUGCAUUUGACACGCUACUUGAUCUAGAUGCAUAUCUGUCUGAUUUGAAUCUAGAGCAAAACUUGGCUUCUCCUCUCACUACUUCAAAGCACCACAUGGCAAAUAGAUUUAUCAACCAAUCUGUUCCAGAUUCUGUAACUAGCUCCUCGUAUUUCAAUAUAUGCCACGGUACACGCUUCUUAACCCUACUCAAUUGUCUUACAAUGCUGUUUCAUGCAAAGCUCAUCAUGACGCAGAUGUUGAUGACUAGCUAUGAGUCUAUGUUUAUCCUCCGCUCUUGUGCAGACAAAGACCCUGUUAUGGUGGAGUCUGUGAUCAGGACCCAAAUUCCCCUGUCUGUCUCAAGGCGCGAGUUUCUUAUAAGGUUUCUAAAAGCCAACUAUCUCAUACAGAACAUUAUUACUGACAUCUGUUUCCUCAAAGAUAACAUUUUGGUAGAAACAGAGAGAGAGCGCUGUAAAGCUAUGAAACUAAUAGAGAAGAAACUAGAGGGGGAUACUGAGAGCUCUACUUCCGAGUCAUGUGACAAUCCUCAAGAGGUUAACGCUACUAAUAAGGAAGGCGUGCUUGAUAAUACAGAUACCGAUCAUGUCAUAGAUGCCAGUCUUCAUCUACUGGAAAGCAUUGAUACCUGCUCUAGUACUGGCGAAGAUAGCUGUAUCGAAGAUGACGUACCAAUAGACGAAAGCUUGUUUCGUGCUGCUAUGCACCCUUCCAACUCGCUCCUUCCAGAUUUACCUCUACAACCUGUUCAAGGAUACCAGAUCAAGCAUAAAAAUGUUCAUAAAGUGGUCCAAUCUGCGUUCAACUCUAUCAAAAAGAGCAGCACGGAAAGAGAAAGAGUGGUGACUCGACCCCAGGGUGCAGUAUCUGUCGCCUAUGCCCGCAGUAAUGCCAUGCCUAUCCUUCGUCCUGCCAUUCAGGAUAAGGCUAUAAAUGUGAUAUUAAAUACUCUAAGGAACUGCUGUACAUAG